CCCCAAAAGAAUCCCCAUGGAAGAUUCUCCCAGCGAGAAUACAAAAAGGGCCACCAAGGCCCUCCGACCACUUCAACCUGUUGACCCUGUCGACCCUGAUGAGCUGCAGGACCCGCUGGCACCACCUGACGAGAUACCCAGAGAUUCAGACUCGGAUGCCAGCUCGAUGGGCCCUCCAGGAACUGCUGCACCCUCGAAAAAAGGUACAUUUUACAUUGCUUCACAUUUUUAUUUAUUUAUAUAUUUAUUUAUUUUUAAGUUUUAUCUAUGUAACAUGGAGUAAAUAUUGAUAUCAAUGAUUCUCAGUAUGUAGAUAUUAUUUUUGACAAAUUGACAACUGUACUAUAAUUGUUUUAACUUAAAUAAAUUAACAGUAUGUUUAUUCAGUUUAUUAAUAUUUUUUUUGUCUAAUUGCAGAACCAUCCAGCGCAUCACCCGAAAACUCACCGAUGCCGAGGAAGUCGAUGUGAUAGAGUGGAUCCAGGCUAACCCCAGUAUUUUCAACAAGGCGCAUGCUGAUUACAAAAACACGAAGAAGCGGGACCAGUUGUUCGCCGACAAAGCCGACCAGCUUGGAGAGGGGUUGACCGGACAGGACCUAUACAAAUGGUAUCUUGGGCAGCGUACGGCGUUUACAAAGUUGAUCAAGCGUCCGGCCAGUGGCAGUGGUACAGUCUUGAUGACCGCCCGACAGCAGUGGGUGGUAGAGAGCAUGUCCUUCCUCAAGGGGCAUUGUACAUCGAUCCCCGUACGGAAAGGUGUGGAUUUGACUGCUGCCAGGAAGAAGCGGUACGACGAUGCACCCUCACAGAACAUACCAGCCUCAGACCCAGCUGCACCAGAAGAUGCACCGUCUACACCUUCUACAGCUUCAGUCCACUCAGAUUCAGAUCUGCUAGAAGAGAGGGAAGCUGUAAGUAUUAUUAACCACAGAAUUUUUUCAGCAACUUUGAACAUAUGUAAAAUAUAAAUUGUCGAUCGCAUAUUGUAGCCAAAGUAUUAACUGGCCUGCAUAGCUCAGUGGAUAAUGCGCUUGCCGUGUAAUCCAUAGUUCGAUCCCGGGUCGGGGCACACACAUAUAUGCCAGUCAUAUUGCAGCAUAAUGCUGACUGACAAAUCAAGGCUACGUCCGGCAUAUUUUUUAAAUAAAUCUACCAACAAAUAUUUUAGAAUCAAUGAAUUUUAGAGUAAAUUAAGUAAUAAAUAUUUGAGAAAAUUAUUUAAAUAUCUUACUUUAAUAGCUAUGUUUUGAUUUCUUUACAGUUGACACAGGAGUUGAGACAACUGAGGCAAGAAAGGACUGACGCGUCAGCUGUCACCACCAGACAACUGACACACCUAAUGCGCCAAAUGACGCCAUCUUUCCGGGAUCAGUUCAUGACCGAAACCCUUGCCUCCGCCGUGCGUUAUGUGGACCUCUCCAGGGAGCAGACCCAGCAGCUGCCACCCCAGCAGCUUCCCUCUGUACCAGCACAGCAGCAUCAGCCCAUCCUCCAGGAUUUCAGGACCCCUCAACGCCCAAUGCACCAGGCACAGCAGCAGCCACCACAGUAUGCCCAGGACCACGCCAUGGCCCUUCAACUGGCACAGCAACUGAAUCCCCCCACCACUGAGACAGAGAGACGACACUUCUUCACCACACUUCAAGGCUGCUAUCCAGAUUUUACUGGAUCUUCAUGUCCACCGCCAGCCCCUACCUAUGCAACACUAACUGUUCGUCGCACCCCAACAGCCACAGUGACCACAGAUGGUAUCAUUGCAGGUGCUGCUGCUGCUGCAGGAAUACCUUCAUUUUCUACUACCACCGUCCAAAGUCCCACCGUGAGCACACCACAGAUGGCCAGUACACCCACCACUCAGCCUGCUGACGCAAGUCAGAACAUGUCUUCGUUUAUGAGGGAUAUGAUUCAGGAAGGUGACGAGACUACCUCAUACAGAACCAAGACACCAAGAACUGUUUCCAGGAAUUUGUUAUUAUGGCAAUUUUUAAAUGAUUCUUAA